CGGCAAAGACGGCCUUGUCAUCGACUUGAAACUCCCAAUCCUAGCUCCUGGAAAUACACCGGCAUUCAUCAGCCCUAAGCAACCACGAUGCCCAGAAAGCGCGGAGCCAAAAUGCCAGGCAACUUUGUCCUAACCAGAGACCCUUUCGCGCUGCUCCCGCCCGAAAUCACCCUCAUGAUCAUACUCGCUCUGUGGAACUUUGAGGACAUCGUACAGUUCAGCCAGACCUCCCCCCGGUUGCAUGCCAUCAUGUACCAGAACCUUGCCUACAUUUUUCGAAAAGUGGCCCACAAGAUCCUCGGCUCGAUUCAUCUCCCGCUGCAGCUCUUAGCUGAUCAAGAGAUCGACUUCAAACUCAUACACGUGAGCAAAGUCAAGCCAGGGAACCUAAUGCAAAUCGUGUACAACGCGCAGGCACUCGCCAUAUGGACACAGGCGUACCAGCCGCGUCCAGUCUUUGAUCGUCUCUGGUUUGUUCCCGGCAGUGACACCAUGCUCAUCGGCCCCAUUAUUCCGGAUCUCACGGCCCUCGUUAACUUCCUCCUCAACGACGUCCUAGCGGUAGAUACCACCCACCCCCUCAUCACGAGCUUCCUAGCCCAAGACCCUUCCGAAAUCACCCCGGGCCUGAUGCAACUCGUCGCCACCCAAGCCUUUGAACCCUUCGGUUAUAACCUGUACAACCGGUCCCAGGAAACCCGCCGGCUCGUGCGCGCCCUCUACCAGGCCUGGAGCCUGAGCCUGCUGGGCCGGCCCGACGCCGUUCUCCGGUACCAUACCAUGACCCUGAAAGAUCUGUUUCUGGUGAGUGAGGUCUUCGCCGCCUUCCGGGAGCCCCUCGCCCAUCUUCUGUCCGUCCCACGCGGGGAGUGCAGGCGGCCGACCGACACCCAGCGCGUCGACACGGCCCUGAGCGACGUGACCUUUGCAACCAUGGAGCGGUUCGAGUUUUUGCACCGCGAGAUGUUCCGCCGGCGGGAUGCGGCCGAGCCUGGGUUCCGGGACGGCCUGCAGAUGCAGCUGGACGGGCUGCGCGAGCUGUGGAAGACCGAGAACCAGGCCAUGUUCCGUGCGGUGAUUACUCAAGAUCUGUACUGGGCGGACCAGGGGAUCUUGAACCCGGCGUCUGCGGAGGGGAUGUGGGGGGGGUGA